GAUUUUCCUGGCAACAAGGUUACUGGGGUGGAAAAUGGCGACAAAAGGGUCUCUAUCAUUAGCGAUGUUGUUUGCAGCGUCACUCUUCAAAAAAAGUGCCCUUGGUUUGGUCGACAUCCCCUUCUAAUGAGGUCAUUCGGAUACCCGCGUGCUGCAAAAAGGGUCUCCAGUUUUGCUGCCUCGAUGUCUAAGUCAGCGUGAUUAUUACAGAUCUAUCGCAGUGUGAAAAACUGAGGGUCACCAAGGUCUUGGUGAUCCCUUUUUAGUAUACAUGACCAGAAAAAUUAAUGUCACUUGUUCUGGUGAUAGUUCAGUUAUCGAAAGAGACAAAUGAAGAACUUUAACCUAAAUAGGUUCUUGGAGUGGUACUCGUGUGGUCUCUAAUGUCGACGAAAAGUGGAACGAGUGAAAAAACUUGCCGCUGUAAAGAAGAAAAUAGUAAGCAGAAAAAAGUCCACUUAGAUUACUCCACAUUUAUAACGUUAAGUAAAAAAUAGAGACCUGUUGAACAAGAAAGCAACGCUAACCAAAAAUCACGUUAUCUGGACGAAUAUAAAAAGGCAAGAAACAUGUCGAACAAUGCGAUGAAAAAUUCAAAAAGUAAGAAUUGUAAAACUAAUUUACAUGCUAAAAGAAUGAUACUGAAAAUACUUGGAAAUUGAUAAAUGAAUUCACUUUAAAUCAGAAAGAAAAGUGAACGAAAUGAAAAUUAAAGAUAAUAGAGAGGAGAAGUGUGACGUCACGUUACCAUGGUAGCAAAAUUUCUGGAUGACAACAAUAGGGAGUUUUUGCAACGGCGACGCGAACAGCAAAGAAAUUAAAUAAGAUCGAUGAAGUUUGAAACAGUGUGAAUCCACUUUUUAAGUGACGUUUUGGUUUGUUGUCAUCCAAAAAUUUUGCUACCAUGGCAACGUGACGUAACGACUUCUCCUCUCUAUACUCUGGUUUGUCUGCCCGAAAUUGCUGAAUGUUUUUUAAUGUGCAUUUUACAGGGUAAACAUAAGUCCAAAUUUGGCAUCGGAAAUUCCACUUUGUGAACUUGCACUUCCCAAUACAACCUUUUUUUUUCGAAAUACAAGUGUCAAGAAAGGUGCGUUGAUUGUUAAAGACAGUUGACAGCAGAAAGGCAACUGGAUUAGAUAGUAUACCUUGCACUCUUUCGAAAUUAGCUGCCGAUAUUGUUGCGCCUUCUUUGACACACAUAUUUAACGGGUCAAUAUGUGUUGGAAUCUUUCCAAGUCAGUGGAAAGAACGAAUGUCAACAAGUACAGGCCAGUGUAUGUGAUAUUUAGAACAGUAUAAUCUACGAACAAGUCUAUGAAUACUUUAAAAAGAAAGUUACCAAUUUGUUUCAAAAAAGUCAAUUUGCCAAAUUCAGCACGAAACUGGUUUGUAACGUGAAAAAGAAGCAAUUGUAAUGUUUAUUGUUAAGCAACCAUCGGUCGGGAUUUCGAUCUCUGCAUAGAUACAGUAACAGCUUUGCUAGAAGUAACCAUUGUCAAAAAUUGACCAUGGUUUGUUUGAUUAUCCCAUUUUUAUUGACCUAAAAAGGCGUUCGACACCGUUGACCAUCACAUUCUGUUGCGUAAGCUUUCUAUUUAUAGUAUAAACGGUAUAAACGGGAACUCCUUAAAGAGAGUGGAAGGUCGUCCCAAGAGUACUGCGCAAUGAAGAGCUCUUGGAAUUAACGCGUGCAGUCAAUGGGUCUUUAUUCAAGAGUGCGUGGAAUUUCUUGGUGAUGGAACGUAACCAUCAAAACAUCUCCUUUGUUCUAUUUCGCGCCUGGCAUGGAACAGUAGAUCCUGGUCUAUUCACAAACUGGCGUAAGCUACGACAUUCCAAAACACGCAUUGCCUAUUACAGUAACUCUAUGGCUACUCAAGCGCUCUUGUUAAGCGGUGAUGCGGAAAAAAAUCCCGGGCCUAGCAAGGGAAAGGCGGCAAGCACCAAUAAUAAAUUAUCCAGGUCGAAACCAACAGCGGCAAAGUGCGAUCACUGUCAGAAAACAAUUAGGUGGAACCAAAAGAACAUUUCAUGUGCCAAUUGUAUGGGAUGUUUUCACUUAAAGUGUGUGUACCUGAAAUCAAUGGUGAACAACUGGCUAUGCAAUAGAUGCACAUUGGCGGCUCUGCUAUUCUACAAGUGUUCGGAUGCUGAAAUGCUCAACGAGGCCAAUGUGCGGUUUUUAAUGACUUGUGUGAAUAUUUUGCUACUGUGGCUGAUGGGAUUGGAGACACCAGUGCGGUUGAUGACAAAGUUCUCGCCACCCACCCUAGUGUCCAGAAUAUUACGCAGAAGAUGACAGGAUAUCAAGGCUUCCAGUUUCAGAAUCUUCAGAGUUUUGAAGUUGAAAAGGAGCUGCAAAACGUCAAUGUAAGGAAGAGUACAGGCUGGGACGGCAUCCCUCCCAUGGCGCUCAAGCUUGGAGCUACUGAGCUAGCAAAUCCAUUGACGUCACUAUUUAAUUCAUGUAUAACCCUCGGAGAGUGGCCCUUGGGAU